AUGACCCUUGACAGCGUCCUUCCGCACCAACCGAACGAGGUGCUCAUUGAUGGCGUCCUUUACGAUUGCACCGACUUCCGGCACCCGGGCGGCGGCAUUCUGAGGUACUACCUCGGCAGCGGCGACGCCACCGAGACAUACCGGCAGUUCCACCUGAAGCUGCCCAGGGCGGACAAGUACCUCAAGCGGCUGCCAAAUCGCCCCGCGCCAUCACAGCGCAGCUUCAACGCGGAUGAGCACAGGCGAUUGGCGAAGCUCUCGCGGGACUUCAAGGCGCUGCAGGAUGCGUGCGUGGAGGAGGGCCUCUUUAACGCCAGCUGGCCGCACAUCGUCUACCGGUUCUCUGAGCUGAUCCUGAUGCACGCCAUCGGUCUCUACAUGCUCUUCCGUCUUCCGAUGCUGUGGCCCAUCGCGCUGCUGAUCCUUGGAGUGGCGGAGGGGCGGUGUGGCUGGUGGAUGCACGAGGCCGGCCACUACAGCGUCACCGGCAUUCCGUGGCUGGACAUUAAAAUACAGGAGGUGCUCUACGGACUCGGCGAUGGAAUGAGCGCGUCGUGGUGGCGGUCGCAGCAUAACAAACACCACGCUACUCCGCAGAAGCACCGCCACGAUGUGGACCUUGAGACACUGCCGCUCGUCGCCUUCAACAAGGUUAUCGCACGCCGCGGCAAGAGGAACGCGAACAUUCGUGGCUGGAUCUCUCUGCAGAUGUACCUCUUCGGCCCCGUCACCUGCUCCCUUGUCGCCCUCUACUGGCAGCUCUUCCUCCACGUCCGCCACGCCAUGCGCACUCAGCGUUACACAGAGGGCGCUGCUAUCCUGUGCCGCUGGAUCGCGGUCGGCGUUAUCUGUCACCAGCUGCAGGUUUCGUUCUGGCAAGGCCUCGGCGGCGUUCUCUUCUCCCAGGCCUUCAGCGCCGCCUACAUCUUCAUCAACUUCGCCCUCAACCACUCUCACCUGCCGAUGCUUCCGGAAGAUGAACACGCGCACUUCGUCGAGUACGCGGCCAUCUACACCAUGAACGUGACACCGUCGUGGUUCGUGACGUGGUUCAUGGGCUACCUGAACUUCCAGGUGGAGCACCACCUGUUCCCUACCAUGCCACAGUUCCGCUUCCCCCAACUGGCGCCGCGAGUGCGGAAACUUUUCGAGGAGAACGGCCUCAAGUACGACUCGCGUCCGUACAUGGAGUCGCUCCAGAAAACCUUCAAGAACCUCGGCGACGUGGCCGCGUUCAUCGUUGCGGAGAACUGA